GUUCACGCGCGGCUCGUGGCUCUUCAUGAUUCGAGUGGCAGCGCGAAAGACUUGUAUCCAUACCCGUACGCAUCGUUAUCAUCGUGACGCGCGCGUAGAGCAAUCUGUCCUCGUCGGAUGCCGUCGCCGCCGCCGCCCCGCGUUGACGCCGUCACCGUCGCGCGAUCGUCAGUCUCGCGAUCGCGAGUGUGUAAUUCGCAACGACAGUGUAACGAGCGCGAAAAAAAAACCACGUUCAGCGCGCAUUCCUCCUUCGUUCGGCGACUUCUCCGCGGCGUAAAAGUGAAAACCCGUCGAGAUCGCGAAUCUUUCACUGCGCUUCGAUAAGAUACGGUCGAACUCGUUAAAAACUCGUGCUCGCUGAACUAGCGGUCAGUAGUCGGUCGUUACACGAUCCUCGCGUUAACCGCACUUACGUACGUUGCCGUGCGACAGACACGUGAAAUCCCGGUGGUGCGUACACCGUGUCGCGGAACACGACAUUACGGAGAUCCUUGUGCAAGCGACGACGUCGAGCCCGCCAAAAAUAGCUGUGACGUAUCAUAUUGACGGAGUAGAAUCGCGGUGCUUGUGAUUUCUCUCUCGGCCGAAACGUUCUCCAAGCUCGAAAGGCGCAACAUGAGCCUGGCGGUGAUGUCAAACGCGGAUAUGGAUCUGAUUGAGGUUCUUUGGAAGCAGGACGUGGAUCUGGGAUUUACUCUAGUGGAACCGGCUACGUCGCCUACCAAAAAACCGUCUACAUCCGAAAAAGAGUCAGCGGAUGAAAUCGAGAAGCUGAAAGCUUUAGAAGCUAUUAAUGCCACCUAUCAGAAGGACGAUGCCAAGGAGUCCGAGCCACAGGAAGACGAUCCAUGGGCAGGACUCCCUUACACCGUAGAUCUCGAAACUGGCGAAUACAUUCUCAGCUCCGGCAGUCAGAACGGUAGUGGCAGUAGCAUCGUCGAAGAGGACGACCCGCUUCUCAACGAAGCAUCGUUGGCUUUGGACAAUCAUCCCUUGGCAGACUUAACCGAUGAUUCGCUUGGUCUAAACGACACUCUAGGACUCGAGCAUGAAUUUACUUCAGAGUUACUCGGAGGUAGUCUCUUGGAAAGCGCCGGCGUAGAAGGCCUGCUCAGCAACGAUACUCUGGGCUUGCCCGACGAAUUUAAUCUCGAGGAGGCGCUUCAGCUCGUUGGCCUCGAUGAGGCUCAACCAGAGGAAACGAAGCCGGAAGUAAAGAAGAAGAAGAAGAAAGAAGAUACCGCCGAGGACUCCGCGAGUGCAGAGGGCGACGCGGCCAUUACCGCCUCGAGUAACGCCGAGGUCGAGAAGUCAUCCAGGUGCGAGGAUCCCGAGACCGGCGACAUGAUUCACACACCGCAGUUUCAUCAUCCCCAUCAUCCGCACCACCGCUCCUUCCAGGGUCGCAUGCCAUUCAUGCGAGCGAUGAGUAUGGAACAGCGGUGGCAAGAUCUCGCAUCUCUUUUAUCCCUUCCGGGAGCACCGGAUCACUUCGCACAUCCAGCGCAUCCUGGAUAUCCAGGACACGGUAUAAGUCACAGUCAUUACGAGGCGCAACGUAACGUAUUGCUCCAUAAUCCUACCUUAGCGCCUCCGGUCGGGGACCUCAAUUCAACAGGACCUUACCACAAUGUGGGUGGGUCGUCGAAUUUGGGUUCAGCUGUGGCAACAUCGAUGAAUUUGACAAACAGUAGUGAGCCAAUGGGUGCAGAGAGCGGCGCGAGUUACAAGUCUGAACCUACCGAUAUGAUGUAUUAUCAUACCCCGACGACAGAUUCCAUCAACCAGACCACCGACGGAUUUCUUUCGUCUCUACUCAAUGAUGAGGAUUUGCACCUAAUGGACAUGGCCAUGAACGACGGCAUGUACACCAUGCGCAUGUUGGACAAUGGUAGCAACAAUGCAUCCGGACCUACCGGUGCUGCGCCUUUAUCGAGUGUCCAGACGACUGGCGGCACAACUUCGACGGCUACGGGGGUUACGACUUUACCCGGUGUAGCUGACGAAAGGAUGGAUGCUUCGAGCGAUAGUGCUGUCAGUAGUAUGGGCAGCGAACGCGUACCAUCUUUGUCGGACGGCGAAUGGAUGGAAACUGGAUCCAAUUCCAGCCAUACUCAGGCCGACUCAGGCCAUUACACCAUGGAUUACGCGAGCAAAUAUCGUAUGCCAUACGACUGCAGCUACUCGGUGUCCGCGAGAAAUGCCGGCUCGCCGAGAUGUCAGACGGAACGAGCGGUGCCACCAGUCGCACAGAAGAAACAUCAAAUGUUCGCCAAGCGAUAUUUUCAGGAACAGAGCACUUGCUCACCUUUAGGGGCUACCGCACAUCCAACGACUCCAAUGAAAUAUGACUAUGAUACGCAUACAGUUGGCGCGGGUGCACCGGGAAAUACGUAUUCUGGACCAAUCGAGGGUGCGGCCGGGCCGCAACCAGAAAUUAAAUAUAGUUGUAGCGUGGAUUUCAGCCGUCAUCAAUCUGGACGAUCUGUAAUAGAACAUGUUCAUCAUAAUCACACUUAUCAUUUACCCGCUGAGAGUUCAGGAUCUCUACAACGUCCCAUUUCCCGUGACAAGAAAGUCCGAAAAAGCGAAGCAGAGGAACAUCUAACGAGAGAUGAGAAGAGAGCAAGAGCAUUGAGUGUACCGAUUGCAGUCAGUGACAUCAUCAACCUUCCCAUGGAUGAGUUUAACGAACGUCUCAGUAAAUAUGAUCUCAGUGAGGCCCAACUAUCUUUAAUACGCGAUAUUAGAAGACGGGGCAAAAACAAGGUUGCCGCACAGAAUUGCCGCAAACGCAAAUUGGAUCAAAUCAUAAGUCUAGCUGAUGAAGUGAAAGAGAUGCGAGAUCGCAAGCUGAGACUUGUUCGCGAGCGCGAGUUUAUGCUCAUCGAGAGACAGCGAGUGAAAGACAAAUUUAGCCAGCUUUACCGUCAUGUUUUUCAGUCUUUACGGGAUCCGGAUGGUAAUCAGUAUCAUCCAUACGAAUACAGUCUUCAACAGUCUGCAGACGGGAACGUUUUAUUAGUUCCCAGAACUCAAACGAAUCCGCAUCAGUCACGACAGUCUUCGAUGGAGCCGAAGACCAAGCCCGAUCCUGAGCACAAGGAAUGAACUGCUGAAGGGUCGUAUACUAAUGUGAUUGAUUAUUGAAAAACUUUUGUUUUUCUUGGGCAGCGCGUCCAAAAGCGUAAUGAAAGCAAACACGGUGCUGGGCAGCGAGUAUCGUACGCAUUAUUAGAUUUAUUGCGUAUAAAGAGUAGCGUUCACGAUCGUAGACUUGACAUACCUCGCGCACUGUGUCCAAAUAAACAACGAAAAUCGUCGAGGAUACCUAAUUUACAAAUCGCGAUUUCCACGCGAUUUUUGGCAGAUGACUUUUUAACAUAUUUGAAGAUUUUAGUAGGAAGAAAGAUAGGAUUUAAUGAUCCUUAAUGGUGGUUUUUGUGUGCAUGGGUGAUGCUACAGUUUUCAGUUAUUUUGAUUACCCGUGUUAAUACAUUUUCACCUCCAAAAAUCAUAACUUCGUGCAUUUUUUCUUUUCAUUUUCGUAAUCAAAGAUUUUGACAUUACAGAAAGGAGUGCAUCGGGUAUCGUUGUAUUGUUUGUUUGUACAUAAUGUAUCUUGUCUGUUGUGACUGUCUUUAAUAAGACCAAUAGAAAUAAAACCGAAAGCUUCAUAAAUUUCCUAUGCUUUAUUUAAGCUACAUCAAUAGAGGAUCGUAAAAUAUGUUUCAAGAGUUUAUACUGGCCUUAUAGUGACACAUAAUAUUACUUGUGAAAAAAUAAUGGAAUGUGUUAUGUAGUAAGCGAGUUUUCUCUGUGAUUGCCUAAACAAAUCACGAUGUCUAUAGAGUUAAAAAAAAGCGUUACAACUAUUAAUAUACGUAAAUAGUAAGAAAAACGUAGUAAGAUGGUUAUCAUAUUGUGGAAUCACGCACGAGAACUGUUGUGUCACCAUAACUGAAGCAACUCUAAAAAUUAACCUCUUAUUCCAAUUACUAUUCUUCCUGCUUUAAGCGUAAAAUAUGCUUGUUAUCUUCGUAAUAUACGUAAACGUGUAACUAAUACACGUGCAGUGAUACAUUAUACAUUCAAAAAGCUCAUUUUUUUACAUUCACAAAGCAGAUUUUAUCGCGUUUCAAUAUUAUUAUUGUUUCUAUGAAUUUAGCUAUGAUUACGAUAUGUAUAAAUUAAAUUAUAUACUUCACAUAUAGAUGCACGAGACGAUUGCGUUAAACAGAUCUAUCCAGUGAUUUUUACGAUUAUUACCUAUCCAGUUGAUUGAGUGCGUGAUUAUUAGUUGUAUACUUAAUUGCCAAAAUUUAGUGACACACUCUCAUGAACUGUCGCAAGCAAAAUGCUACGACAAUUAAGUACAUCAUACGCGUGUGACAAUGCUAGUAAAACAAAUAUUAAUCGCACGCGUAUAUAUUAUUAAAUAAACUUUGUUGUGUUA